AUAAUACGAUGAUUAUAUAAAUCAUCAAGGGUGAAUCGUUACAGAAUCAUAACAACUGUGAAAGUGAGUUGAAAAUACCAUACCAUCAAUGGCUAAGAGAGCGGUACUGAUAGGAAUCAACUACGUUGGCACGAAGGCUGAGCUACGAGGGUGCGUCAACGACGUCCGUCGUAUGCAUGUAAGCCUCGUCGAACGUUAUGGAUUUUCCGACAAGAACAUCAAACUGUUGAUCGAUACUGAUAGCUCUACGACCAAACCGACCGGCAAGAACAUCCGACAGGCGUUGUUGGAUCUCGUUCAACCAGCUAAACCGGGUGAUGUUCUCUUCGUUCACUACAGUGGACACGGGACAAGGUUGCCUGCUGAAACUGGAGAAGACGAUGAUACUGGUUACGAUGAGUGUAUUGUUCCUUCUGAUAUGAAUCUUAUCACGGAUGAUGAUUUUAGGGAUCUUGUGGAUAUGGCACCAAAGGAUUGUCCCAUUACAAUAGUUUCAGACUCUUGUCACAGUGGUGGUCUCAUCGAUGAAGCCAAAGAGCAGAUUGGAGAGAGCACAAAGAAGAAGAAGAAAGAGUCUGGAGAAUCUUCAAGAACCAACAAGGAGACAGGAGUAGAAGAGACAGAGACCAAGGAGAUUGCUGAUUUGGGGAGCAGAUCUCUGCCUUUAGAGACUUUGAUCGAUAUGCUGAAGCAAGAAACAGGCAAAGAUGAUAUCGAAGUAGGGAAAAUCAGAACAACUCUUUUCGAUAUGUUUGGAGAAGAUUCAAGCCCAAAGGUGCAGAAGUUCAUGAAUGUGAUUCUAAGCAACCUACAAGAGACUACCACUGGUCAAACUAGUCAAGGUGAUAUAUUGGAAUCAGUUGCAAACCUAACUCAAGAGUUUCUUGAGCAGAAGAUAAAUGAUGUUGUGAUACCUGCGAUCCAAGAGGUCUAUGCUGGUGCAGUCAAUGGUGCACUUCCGGAUAAUGGUAUACUGAUUAGUGGUUGCCAAACUGAUCAAACGUCUGCUGAUGCAAGCCCACCGGGUCACCCGGAACAGGCUUAUGGAGCACUAACCAAUGCUAUACAAAUCAUACUUAAGGAGACUAAUGGUAAGAUCAGUAACAAAGAUCUUGUUUUGAAGGUUAGGAAACUUCUUAGGAAACAGGGAUUUGAACAACGACCGGGACUGUAUUGCAGCGAUGAUUAUGUGAAUGAUCAGUUUAUAUGCUGAAAGAAGUUUGGAGGGUUUGUUGGUUUGGUUUCGUGUGGAACACGUUUUCUUAUUUGUGUGGUGUGUUGCUUUGGUUUGUUAUUGUAACUUUGAAUCUGAAUAAAGUGUAACUUUUGUUUUGUUCAUUGGUUGUUGAUUGACAUUUAAAAUAACUUUUCUUAAACGUGGUUAUAU